AUGGCCUCUCCCUCACCUAAAUCGCCGGAACAAAGUGAAAAGAACAAACAGUACGACCGGCAACUAAGGCUUUGGGGAGAUCACGGUCAAACAGCUCUUGAAAAGGGUCACAUUUGUCUCAUAAAUGCUACAGCGCUUGGUACUGAAAUAUUGAAGUCUAUAGUUCUUCCUGGUGUUGGAGCAAUUACUCUUGUUGAUCAUAAUAUCGUCAGUGACGAAGAUAUUGGAUGUAACUUCUUCUUAGAAAACACAAGCCAAGGGCUCAAUAGAGGAGCUGAAACGCUACGACUUUUAUUAGAGUUAAACUCGUCUGUUCAAGGUCAUGCAGUACAAGAGCCUCCUGAACAAAUUCUGCAAGACAACCCAGACUUUUUCAAAUCUUUCAGUGUAGUUAUUGCAACAUCUCUAGGGGAGAAAACAAUACAAGAAUUAGCAAAUCAUUUAUGGGACAUUAAGGUUCCUUUUAUAUUAUGUAGAUCUGUGGGAUUUUUGGGUUCAUUUAGAAUACAGAUUAAUGAACAUCCAAUUAUAGAAGUUCAUCCUGAAAAUGAACAGAUUGAUUUACGUUUAGAUGUCCCAUUUCCUACACUGGCUGAAUAUUUGAAUGCAUUUAAUAUAGAUGAUCUGGAUUUAAAGGAUCAUGGACAUGUUCCUUGGAUUGUUAUUUUAUAUAAAGCUGUCCAGAAAUGGCAAAUUACAAAUGAAAACAGGUGGCCUAUGAGCAGAAAAGAGAAAAAUGAAAUUAAAGACAUUAUCAGAGGUUUUAUUAGGAAAGAUGAGAAUGGUAUACCUAUUGAGGAAGAAAACUUUGAAGAAGCCUUAAGGGCCGUCAACACUGCAUUGAUCCCAACAUUUCUGCCUGUAAAUAUUAAGGAACUAAUAUACAGUAGUUCAGCGACAAACUUAACAAAAGACAGCUCGUCAUUUUGGAUCAUGUGUUCUGCUUUGAGAGCAUUUAUUGAAGCAGAAGGAAAAGGAAAGUUACCUCUCCGAGGUGUAUUACCAGAUAUGACGGCUUCCACAGAACAUUAUGUAAAACUUCAAAGUAUGUAUAGAACUCAAGCUGCAAUCGAAGCAGAGAUAGUUUACCGUAAAGUUCAAGAAAUAGUGGCUCAAUUACAUUGUGAUAGUAUAAGUGAUGCUGAAGUAAAACUAUUUUGUAGACAUGCACAUGAUCUGCAUUUGAUAAGAGGAUCUAAUAUAUCGUCUGAAUAUCAAAUGGGAACUGUGGCUUCAUACAUAGCAGGGUAUUUAGAAGAACCAGAUGUCAUGAUGGUACAUUAUAUACUAUUACGAGCUGCGGACAUGUUUAGAUCGGAGCAUUGCAGAGCACCGGGCGAGUGGGAACCAGAAGCUGAUAUAUCUAAAUUAAAAAUGUGUGUCUCCAAACUAUUAAGUGAUAUAUCAUGUUCACCAUUCCCAAAAGAUGAUCAUAUUCAUGAAAUGUGUAGAUAUGGUGGGGCAGAAAUUCACAGUGUUUCAGCCUUCCUAGGUGGUUGCAUAGCCCAUGAAGCAAUCAAAAUAGUAACAAAGCAGUAUAAACCUGUCAAUAAUACAUUUAUUUAUGAUGGAGCCUCUACAAACACAGCCACAUUUACAUUUUAA